CUUGUUAGCUCGCAGGCUAACCUCUGAGAUGGAGAUAUGACUGAGUAAUAACGUCUUAUUACAUGUGAGGGACUCGGUUAUUACCGGUGGUCACAGCUGAUGACUUUUCCGCAAAGCUCACCUGAGAUCUGAGAUGGAGGACGGAAACAGGACUGAUGCUGCUUCCACAUCCAAGAGCCACUCAGCUUCACUCCACCUGCAGACUCCAAAAAACGAGGACACCUAUGAAAUCUCCAUCCCCUACGAGGAGAACAACUUUGAGCAGCAGGGAUUCUUUAACCAGAGCGAUCAGAGUUUUGACGAACCGGCCUCCUCCGCCGGUCCGUCCCCGGUCAACAGCUCCUACAUGGUGAUGACCAACCUGAGGACGCAGCUUCAGAUCUCAGUGGAGAAGAACUCAUGGCUGCAGAAGAGAAUCGAGGACCUGGAGGAGGAGAGGGACUUCCUCCGCUGCCAGCUGGACCGCUUCAUCUUCUCCACCAAGAGCCAGGGCCAGGAGCAGAACCAGAGCCAGUACAGCAACGGAUACGAAUCGAGACGAUUUAACUGGAGGUCGCGAAGAGAAGAAGAUCGUCCUGCUGAACAACAGAAGACGGACUCGCAGCAUUUCCCCACCCGCCAGCUGUUCCAGCGAAGGCCCGGUCCUCCCACCAUGGUGCCUUCAAAAAACCACGUGUCAGGCCCGUUGACCAAUCAGCUGGCCUCCAUGAACGCCCUGUUCAGCUCGUCGCAGUCGCAGGCUCUGCUGCAGGGCCACGGCCACGGCACGUCCAGCAGCGCCGCCAGCGGCAGCAACGGCAGCAGCGGCGGCAGCGCGGCGAGGUCCAGCAUGAGCGAGAUGAGUGGACACGGCAACGUAGGUGCAGAUUCGCUCUCACUUCUGGGAGAAUCUGACGAGUACCUGGAGCAGGACGGCUACAUGGAGGAGGAGGAGAUGAUAUCAGGGGAGGACGUCAUGGCAGACACUAUCAACAGCCACCAGCUAAAGAGACGGCGGGUCUUCAGAGCUCCACGAGAGCGGCAACGAGUUAAAGACGCUGCCGGAGUUCUGUUCCGCUACAAGAAGAUCCUGCUCACGUACCAGCGCCUCAAAAACAUGUCCAAAGCCUUCCAGAUCCACGGCGUCGACCGCAACACGGUGGCGUCCACGACGCCCAUCGCCGAGCUGCUGCUGGUGGCUCCGGAGAAGGUGGCCGAGGUGGGCGAGUUCGACCCGUCCAAGGAGAAGCUGCUGGACUACGCCCGGCGCUGCUACACGGCACUGGACGAGGAAACGCUCAGCAGAGUUCAGGCUCUGAAGAAGAACAACCUGCUGCUGCCUAUUUCCUACAGGUUCAGACACUGAGGAGGUCCAGAAAAAAGACAACAGAGACUGAGAAACUAUUUUACGAUCUCAGCGUCCGUUAAACGUGCAACAGAUGGACAGUGUUGAGGACGUCUGCUGCAGACUGAAAGGGAAAACACAAGCUGGAAGGUCGUCUUUAUGUCUGGAGGCUUUUUACAGUUUGUCAAUGAGUCGAUCCAUCUUUGCUCAUUCAGGUUUCAGCCUUUUAUUUUGUAGAGACGCACUCGUUUUCCUUUCCUGUCCCCGUUUUCUGAUUGUUUCAGCUAAAUAAUCUCUGAACUUUUAUCACUUUAUUUGUAAGCGGUUUUGACACAAUCCCAAAAGUACGGUAGCUUUCAAUCACUUUGUUAAUCUUAUGCUGCACUCCAUAGAUUUUUAUAGAAUUAUGUUAAAGAAAUCUUCGUCAUUUGAUGUUUAAACUGUUGCUGUUACUUUUAUAUGUUAUUAUAUUGUCACUGUUUUUAAUUGCCUUAAUGCAGGUUUUGUGAGAGAAGCAUCGGUUCUGUUUUCCCUCUAGAGAGAACUCAGAUAAGGACACAAUCAUGACUCUCUGGCAACAGGUUUGUAGUUUACUUAGCCAGAGAAACGUUGACGAUAUUCCAUGUGUUUGCUUCAUAACAAUAACUAUAAUAAUAAUUAUAAUAAUACGACCGUCAAUACUGGUCUCAGUCCAGUUUAAUCCACAACACUGCUGCGUUCCUCCGUCGUCCCACUGAGGGCUGCACAAACCUCCUUUUUGUAAAUGACCUGCACUAAACUACAGCAAACGUCACCUCACAGGCUUCACCUUUUGCAAAGUACAGCUCAGAGCAUUGACACUAAUUUAUUACUCUACCGGUUAUUCGUAUCGUUGUGUAACUUUCGGUUCCUCGUGAAACAUUGUGGACGUUCAUCACUCGGACGGUUUUCUAGGGGAGCUGUUCGGUCGUCCCACAGCUCCGCUACUAGUGCAUGUGAAGAGAGCUCAGUGGGGGUCUGUAGUUAUUAGGGGUCCGGUUGAAGUUUGUGCGUUUCAAAGCAGCGGACAUGUCGACUGUGUUGUGUGAUAGUGUGUGGUGUGUAAACCGGUGAAGGUCUCUUACAACUAGACAGACGAGGUUGCAGUGGAACGCUGUGACUUCUCCGUUAAACACAAACACUCCAAUCUGUGGAACUCAGGCCAACUUUAGUGUCUGUUUGUGUGGCUAGAAACCUCCUACCAGUGUGGAGUAAGUAUCCUAUAUAUUAUUCACCACGUGUACAGUCAGAUCCAGAUGUCAGGGAGGCAUCGGAUUUGUUGGGUUUAUUAAUCUGAUAAAUCCAAGCAGCACCAUUUACUAAGAAGACGCUUGUGAUUCACACACACUGUACUGUUAAGACAUAAAUGUAAUUAAAGCAUUUGAUUUCCUACAA